CAAACACCAUAUAAGACUGAGCUCUUUACAGCUUUUUAGGGUUCCCUUGAUAGCAAUAUGCAUCAGUUCACAAAAGCUCAAUAUGCUAAAGGAGCAUUGAUCUGGGAUUGCAUAUGAAAAGUGCUAUUGGCUCUCAGGCAUGAAGGACAUGUCUAUGAUCCUCUUUUUAAAAAAUUUUAUUGAUAUUUCUUUUUGGCAUCACCUUCUUUGUUCAAUGUGUCAAUCUCCUUUCCUUCACAGAGAGCCAUCCCUUCUAAUCAGCAAGAUCACCCCACCCCCACCCCCCAGUCUGCAAAUAAGAGAUAGAGAUAUAUUCUUGUAUAUUCUUCUUCAUGGUCAUAUAUUGACCAUAGAUUUAUUGCUGUUACAAGUCAAUUCUGCAUUCACAAAUUUUCCUCGAGUGACUGAGAUGAAUGAUAGAACUGGAAGAUGUCGUUGUUGCUAACAUAUCUAUCUAUCUAUGUUGUUAAUUCUGGGACAGUAUGACUAUUUAGAACUCUGGGUGGCUGGAGGAUAGAACUUAUGUAGAUGUAUUCGCGGUUCUAAAUGCCACUGUCUUAUUUCGUUGUUGAUGAUUUAUGUAUAUCCUCUUUUUUGCACCCUGUCUGCUAGCAGCAAGGGAGUGUUAGCCAGUCAGAUUUCCCCAUUGUGAUGAGUGGUCUGAUAGCUAUAUUAGCCUAUAUGAGAAAUACAGCCAUUUGGAUUAAUGCAUUCAGGUCAAGCUAUGACAGUUAAAGGGAUCACAUAUCCAUAUUGUAUAUAAAAAAAUCAGAAAUCCAUAAUUGUGAUAGAAAUCAUUAAAAUUACAUCUAAAAAUCCUCUUUAUUAAAAAUAUUCCCUUUAGUCUGAUUAUAAAUCUACGCAUUUCUUAUUUACUAUUUAGGAAUUAGUACUCUCUAGUGACACUUGGAUUUUCCCAGCUCUCGGAGAGGGAAUUCAGAAGUUUGCUCUGCCACUGAGAUACUGGCUUUGAAAAGGCGGAGAUUUCAACCUCCAAUACGGUGUCUUUACUACAGGAGAGAGCCUAUCGUAUUUCACUCUAGUGCUUACUCUGUAAUCCAAGCAAUAGCCACGCAGUCUGUUUUAUUGUUUGUAGAGUCCUUCUGUAGAUCCGCAGCUUUUCAUAGACAGAAAGGAGAAAAAGGAGAGAGGACAAGUGGGAGGGUAGAUGAAUGAGUUGUAUCAGUCUGAAGGAACGGAGCACUUUGAUGUUUCUCCAAUAACUCCUGUUUAGGUGGGAGAACUAUUGCCUUUGUGGGAGAUAGGCAAACUGGGACCCUAAGUUAAAACUGAGUCUUUAUUCCCCAGGGCAAGGAGGAGUUACUUCCUUAUGCAACUGCAGGCUGGAUUUCAGUCCCUGUGGGAGAAAGAUGACUGGGAGAGGAGUAAGAUUACAGUCUUGGAGGCUAGGUGCACAAGGAACAAAUGGGUGUGCUUUGGUGCUAUACUGCACAAAGUCUUAAGCUUUUUUGGAACCAAGAUCCUGCUUCAUUUUGAUUGUUUUUCUUUUCUGCUUUUAUAUUUGACUGUGGAUGAAACAUCCUCGAGGAAAAGGACUUGGGAAGAUUUAUCAACUUAGUGACCAAGUGCCAAAGAAGUCUGACUAGUUAAAACACAUUGUUGCUCUUUACUCCCUGUUCUGGAUACCCCUUUCAGCCUCUGCCUCCCACUUCCUCCUCUUUAAAAGGAAUGGCCAGAAGUAACCCUUUUGGAUUUUGCACUGAAUGUUGCUUAACGAGUGCGAAGGUGAGAAGAGCACUGUGUUAAAGGACCAGGAGCAACUUUUUGAGAGUUUUUUGUGUAGUCUGAUUUUUGUAUAUAGUGAAUUCUGAUGUAAAAGAAGAUGAAAAAGGAGUGUGCUUCAGGUUCCUUCAGACUCAAGCCAAAUUCAGGUUCUCUCUCACGUGCUGUAAGCUGGAUAAAUUUCUCCUCCUUGUCCAGGCAGACAAAGAGGUUGUUCCGCAGUGAUGGAGAGCUCUCAAUAUGUGGGCAGCAGGUAGAAGAUGAUGAUGAAAAUUGGAUCUACAGAACUCAGCACAGAAAAGCUGUCUCGAAUUUAGAUGAAGAGAGUAGAUGGACGGUUCAUUACACAGCACCAUGGCACCAGCAGGAAAAUGUCUUCCUACCCACCACAAGGCCACCCUGUGUGGAAGACUUGCAUCGACAAGCCAAACUGAACUUAAAAUCAGUGCUGAGAGAAUGUGAUAAACUGAGGAGAGAUGGUUAUCGAAGCUCUCAGUACUAUUCUCAGGGACCGACUUUCUCUAAAGCCAGCUCAGCUUGUGACACCUAUAAAGAUGAAGAUGAAGAAAGUAAUCAAAAGUGUUCCAUCUCUUCCUCAGAGGAAGAAAAACUUAUUGCUACGAAGAGAACCAGAACUCCAACUUCAAAUGACUUAUCUGAUAUUAACACCCAGACAAACUGGACCAAGUCACUUCCGCUGCCAACACCAGAGGAGAAGAUGCGACAGCAAGCGCAAACAGUCCAGACAGAUGUGGUUCCUAUUAAUGUAACUGGGGAGAAUUUCGACCGCCAAGCCAGCCUUCGGCGGUCUCUAAUUUACACAGACACUGUUGUAAGACGGCCGAAGAAAGUCAAAAGGAGAAAGACUAUUACAGGAAUCCCAGACAACAUACAAAAGGAGCUAGCUACUGGCACUAGCCAGAAUGACUUCCGUGGUCACUCGAUGUAUGUCCCAGACCACUACUCCACUUUAGGAAGGCUUGACAACUAUCGGUCUGUCAUUCAGCGUUCUGAAACCAGGGACUCCAGUUGUCAGACUGAUGAAGUGAAAGUUGUGCCUCCUUCAAUGAGAAGAAUAAGGGCCCAAAAAGGCCAAGGUAUUGCUGCCCAGAUGAGCCAAUUCUCCAUCUCAUCAGGGAACAUGUCAGUGAUGAGUGAUUCUGCAGGAGUUGUGUUUCCUUCACGCCUCUACAGUGAUGGAGGUUUCCAUAGUCUUCCUCGCCCUGGAACAAGGGUAUCCCAUCAUCCACUAGAAUCACCACAGGGUCUUGUUAACCCUGCAGAAGACUUGGCUAAUAUUCUUUCUUACCAGAUGGGUAAGUUGCAAGUUGAUGAGAACCUUGAGCAAAUUAGAUGUAUCCCAAGGCCUGGGACAUUAUCGAGGCCCAAAUCUGAAGAGUUGAGGCAUUAUGAAAGUGAAAAAACAAGCCCAGCUUGUGUUGUUUCUCCUCAUGCAACUUACUCUACCAGCCUCAUAGCAAAUGCCACAAUUUCUUCAUCAUCAGAGGUUAUUGCUAUUCACACAGUCCAGAAUACUGGACAAUUGGACAGCAAAAUCACCAGCUCAUUAUCUUAUGCAAAGACAAUGAAGUCCAGAGACAAUCUUGCCACCACCAGUGCCAUAAAAGAUGAUCAUCAGUCUUCCAGUGGUAACUGGAGUGAGAGUAGCUCUACCCGACAUUCACAGACCAGCAAUGUGGUCAUGAUGGCAUCCCUCUGUGGCUCAGAUGUCUCUCUGAACACUCCAGGAAGCAAGGAGAAUGGGUCCCGAAAUGUUGCCUAUAACUGCAGAAGCAAUCUGAAUUUUCUAAGUCAUUCCCAGGAUAGUGAUGGCAAGAGUGAGUCUAGUUACUCAGGUGAUAGAGCACAUGGUAGCACAGAGGCCUGGGAAUAUAAAACCUUAGGUAAUGAGAGGGCAUCCCCACACAAGCCACUUUGUAUUACUCCUGGCUACUCUACUCCCACUAGUAACAGGAGCAGCAAUAGUUUAGACCAGACCUCAGUCAAAGAGGAUGCAAAUGCAGUUCGCUCCGACCAUGAUGGCUUCUACACUUCCAUGCAUAUGGACUCUGUACUUAAAUCAGGAAAACCGUGCAAUAGCAGUGAUGGCUUUGGGAACCCCAGGCACAGUGUGAUUAAUGUUUUUGAUGGGAAAGCCCAGAAAAACCAAGGUGACCAGUCACAAUACUGUGAUAAAUCUCUGCCACGAAACAUUUCCUUAAAGAAAGCAAAGAAACCUCCACUUCCACCUUUCAGAACAGAUUCUCUUCGAAGGUCCCCUAAGAAAAAAACCCAGCCCAAUGGGCAGGUGCUCAAUGAGACUCUGAUUGCUACCCUCCAGCAUUCCUUGCAAUUAAAUCUGCAGCGUAAAGAUAGCAGUUCCCCUUCCCAGAGCCCCUGUAGUGAUUACGAGGACCCAUGGCUCCUCCGUUCCCGUAGCCAGAGCACAGUCAGCACAAGCAGCAGUAUGGUGUCUGCCACAGCCCCAAACGUGUACUCUCUUUGUACAGUCACGCCAUCCCAGAGCGACACAAGCAGUGUCAAGUCGGAGUAUGGUGAUCCUUGGGGUUAUUAUAUUGACUACACUGGCAUACAGGAAGAUCAGGGGAAAUCUGGAGGAAUGUGUCCACCUAGUGCUGUGGCCCCUUUGUGUGAUUUUUCCACCAGCCACCUCCAGGAUGGGUCCAGGGCACCUAUUCCACAGGGGUCUAGUGGACUGGCCAAACCAAAGAACACUUCCCCAGAGAAGUCUCACAGGGUCACUUCCCCAUCUAGUGGUUAUUCUAGUCAGUCGAAUACCCCUACAGCGCUUACCCCAGUGCCUGUGUUUUUAAAAUCCAUCUCACCAGGAAACGGAAAAUCAAAGUUGAAGCCCAAAGUGCCUGAAAGAAAAUCCUCUCUGAUCUCUUCAGUAUCUAUCUCUUCAUCUUCAACUUCCCUUUCUUCUAAUACUUCAACUGAAGGUAGUGUGAAUAUGAAGAAGUUAGAUUCAGCCAUUCCUUCUCUUUCUCCAGCACCUCUACAUACUCUUGAUCAUUCCCCUCUUCCUCCUCCUCCUCCUCCUCCUUUGGCAGAUGUUUUGGAGCCAUCCACCGUGCAACACUCCCCCAUUUUCCCUCCUCCACCACCAGAAAUUCUUGCUUCUUCCUUCCUUCCAACUGAUACGUGCUUUCCUCUUCCCCCCACAUCCUUCAGUACGCCAGAUUCAGCUGCUUUCUUGCCACCACCUCCUUCAUCUCUUUUUCCCUCAUCAGUUCCUCCACCUGCUCCACCUCUUGACCCCAAGUUGAUGAAAGAAGCUUGGCCUUCUUUUAAAAAGUGUAGCCAGCAGGAUUCUUCUUGUGCUGUAUUAAAACAGCCUCUCAACCAGGAAGAAGCCACUAAACCACCAAUGCCCCUAAUAACCACUAAAGCAUUACAGAUGGUACGGUUGAGGCCUGUAAAAAAGCCCCCAGGAACAUCAGGAGUGCAGCCAGGCAAACCAGCUUCUGAAACAGAAUCUCAGGAAAAUAAUACUGUGGUUCCCCAGGGUCCAUUAAAACCACCUUCUGCCUUGAAACACAGAGAGAGCCUCAAUGGAAUGGACAGCAGCAAAGCCCAGGAUGUCCCUGUUAAAAAUACUCUUUCAUCUCCUGCAAAGGACUUGUGUUUGGGUCAUCAUAGCAGGGAAGCUGAGCUUUCCUCCCUUCAAAGGCAGGGAGAUGCAGUGCAUCCUGUACCAUGCUCGGAAGUAUCCUUUUUAGGAACAAAUCCUGAGGAAGGAGUGCACACUUCUGGGCAGGAUUUGGAAUCUCCCAGCCUCAGGACUGCCUUGCACCAGGAGCAGCCCAGCUCUCCAAAAAAGACACAUGGCUCCUCACCCAGCAGGAAACCACCUCCUAUUUCAAAGAAACCCAAACUGUUCCUUGUCGUGCCACCUCCGCACGUAGAUUUCACAGCAGAGAAAACAACCAAAGUGAAUGAAAGUGUCAGCAGCUCAACCAGGGGAGAGGUGGUUGAUGUGAAUGGCAGAGAGGCAAAAGCGGGGUUUGCAGCAGGACCUGGUUCUGCCGAGGCAGACUUGGAAAGCUUGGUGCCAGAGGGAGGAGCUGCAGGAUCCACCUUCCUUGCAGAAGUGCAAGUGGAUGUCUAUAUGGUACAGCCUGAUGCAUCACCAACUCAAGGAGCUCCCAAGCAGGAGGAGCCAAGCAUUUCAGAUGAAGGCAGCAAGACAGAGAGCAGGGAAGACACUGAUGGUAACUUGGGCAAUCCCCCUUCUCUAGAGGAUGGAAAUAUUGGGGUAUGUGAGGCUGAGAUGGUAUGUACUUCCCCUGGAGCAUGCAGUAACCUUAAGGAAGAUGGGAGUGAUGAGGUAACAACUCCAAGUAGACCCAGGACCACAGAAGAUCUUUUUGCAGCUAUCCACAGAUCUAAACGGAAAGUCCUUGGCCGGAAGGAUUCUGACGAUGAUCAUUCCCGAAACCAUUCUCCAUCACCCCCCGUGACACCCACUGGUGCAGCCCCCAGCCUGGCUUCCCUUAAACAAGUGGGAUCAAUACAGAGAAGCAUUCGUAAGAGUAGCACUAGCAGUGACAACUUCAAAGCUCUGUUGCUGAAAAAGGGGAGCCGGACAGAUGCCAGCUCUCGAAUGUCAGCAGCGGAGAUGCUGAAAAAUACCGACCCAAGGUUUCACAGAUCCAGGUCAGAGUCCUCAUCAGACACCCCUGACAGCCCCUCAAGCUGUUCUCCAAAUAAGAACAGGAGGGCCCAGGAAGAGUGGGCCAAGAACGAAGGCCUGAUGCCGAGGAGUCUGUCCUUCUCUGGCACAAGGUAUGGCCGGAGCCGGACGCCACCUUCUGCAGCAAGCAGCAGGUACAGCAUGAGGAACCGGAUUCAGAGCAGCCCUAUGACUGUCAUUUCUGAAGGGGAAGGAGAAACAAUGGAGCCCACGGAGAACAGAAUCCAUCGGACUUCAGGAGUUGGGAGGGAGAAGGAAAUGGAUGGAUUUACUGGGAACCCAAUGGACACAAGUGAACUUCCCUAUUCUGAAGAGCAGGGCUCCGAGGAGGCCCAGGCUCCUAACCAUUUAGAUGCAAUGGAUAAGGCAGAUAGUAAGGUUCUAUCAGCACAGUGUAGAAGUUCUUUAAGGGAAGAGAGUUAGGCUUCGAGGACAAAUAUGCUUUCCACCUUCGUGUUCCAUGUAAUAGGCACGUUGAUAAGGUAUGGGUACCAGGGGUACUCCCAGGGUGAGACCAUUCACUUUGCUGAGUGUUGAUUACACUCUGUGUUUGUGCUGAGUGCCAGAUCAUUGCUGGUUCCAUAUGGUAGAGGAAGAUCUAUAGGACUUACAUGGUGUCUGUGCCCUCUGGCUUAAAAGCAAGUAAAAGCUUAACUUCUGAAAGUCCCUCUGGGGAGCACUUUUCCUCAGUGCUGGGCACGUAAAGGUCUAUGUGCUUUUGGGGAGUCUUUUUCUUUUAAUUAGUGAGAAAGUGUAGGAGCAAAGAGGUAAACCUAGGUAAACAGAAAGCUUCUGGGACAUAAUAUGGUUGUUGCUUUUGAAGUAUAUUUAUCCAGUUUAGUGAGUUCCAUAAGCAGGAAAAGUCCACAACUGUUGAGAGGUGGCGGCAUUGCUAAUUCAAGAACCAAACAAACCAUGUGAAUAUAGAUGCAUGCGUGCUUUUGGAUUUAAGCAUGCCAUGGUUAAUACAGAAAAGCUGGUAGAGAGCUGGAGUCAUUAGUUCAGGUACUUUUUUCUGGGGGGAAAAAAAAAAGAUUUUUUUUUUUCUUUUUUGUAAAAGUGACAAAAGUGUGUGAAAAUGGCACCACUAAAACUUGGUGUCUGCUGCUAUGCAGCCACCUACUCAUACAGCCUUCAGCCUAAUUUUUAGAAGGUGUGUGUAGUUUUGAAUGAAUUUCUUCCUUGAAUAGAAAUUUAGACAACCUUGGAGAAAACUGAAAUGAUUUAUUGUAAAUAUGCAAAAAGACUCUAGUGGUAAUAAAAGAGAAGAAUCAGAAUAAAUGACAUACUACUAGAGUUGGAAUUUUCUGUUUAUAAAUAAAAUUAUUUCCAAAAUUAAAUAUGAAAGCUUGCACUACAAAAUUGUGGGUGGAGAUGUUCCCUUUUAAAACUCUAUUUUGCCAGAAUUUAGUUUCUGUUUGGCAAAUUUCUCAUCACUUGAAAUGUCAAUAUUUGGUAACUUUUGGUCAUACCAAAGAAUAAGUUAUGGCUGUUUCUUUCUAAGCUGUCUGUAAUAUUCCUUUUUUAAAAUAACAUAGAAGGGUCUAUCCUAAUUGUCUUGUAUAUUGGAAACGAUACUUAGAAGAAAACACAGUUCUUUUUAGUAAAGGAAAAAUAGCUGGAAUUGGCAUGUUGAAUUGAGCUCUUGAGCCAUAUUAGGAAGUUUUUAAAUUUAAGAACAAAAGAUUUUAUACUAAUUGGCUUGUGCAGUUUUUAUAUUGUCUGUAAAUAACUAAGGUUGUUAAUUACAUUUUUAAUCUUCCCCAUCUUAGAACUUAUCCAUUUUUAGUAUAUAGGGGAAAGUAUUUAGAUUUAUUUAUUUUAGGGAAAUAUGCUUGUGACCCCUACCUCUUCCACCUUCCCUAUCCUUUGAACUCCUAUGUUAGUCAUGUAAAUUCAGGACCUUCACUAAUAAAAUCUUUAGCAGAGGGAUCCAAGGGAUCUAUGCUGUGAUACUUAGCUCAAAUAAAAUGAGACAGCCAAUUGUUAUCUUGUCUUUUAUAUAAAAAUAUCUUUUUGGAUCUGCACUAAUGUUUUUACAUCUCUCCAACAUAUCUAUCCUAGGCACUUCAUAGUCAUACCAGGAAACCCAAUGUGUUUUUGAGGCUAGCCUAAAGAAUGUGUUCAGGCUUCUUCUGUCUUUUGUAGAAUUGUUUUAUUUCAAGCUGAGAAACCAUCAGGACCUGAUAUUAUUCAACAAUAGAAAUGCUUUAUGAUAUUUCCACAUAAGGCAUAAGGGUCCUGUAGUCUGAAUACUUAGAAUGUUCCUAUGUAUGAUAAAAAUUAUGCAAUCUUCUGUAAGAUCAGAAGUGUCUGAAUAUUGGAAUCUACUACUUAAUAAAUUAACUACCUUGAAGGUAAAGUUGAUAACAAACCUCAUUAAGAGAUUGUCAGAUUUUUAAAAAUUGUACAAAAAUGCUAUUUAAACUUGCUUUAAUAAAAACAAAGUAAAGUAAUAUUUUAACAUUUUCUUCCUACUAUGUGUUGGUCACAAGAUAGUGAAAUAAUGGGGCAAGUUGUACUUUAUACACUCAUCAGAUGUUUUGCUUGAAUGAAAAAGUGAGAACAGCAACUGAGACCAGAAGAUUCCAGUGGGAGGCAAUCUAACAAUGAGGAUCCAGAAAAGGCCAUAAACACUGGGUUGAUAGGUGCUAUACAUUUGGGAAAGAACAAAUAAAAUAUUAUGUAUAACAAAUAUAAAUAACAUAUGGAAACAUUUAGCCGCACUUUGCUGCUUCUGCUGAGACAAAGGAAUCUUCUACAAGUAUAUAGAGAAUUUAAGACAACAAGGACCUAGGUUUAAUUGAUGUUUUAGGUAUGCUGAGAAGGCAACAAAGUGUGGUGAAUAGAGAACUGGGAUCAGGGCUGGGAAGGCUUAGGUUUCCACUUCUGAAUGAUACUGACUUUUUGAUACUGGACAAGUAAUAAUCUUUACAAUGUACUGAGCAGGAACUCUUGUGUGUGUGUGUGUGUGUGUGUGUGUGUGUGUGUGGCUGUGUGGCUGCAGAGAAGCUGUCCACCUACUUUGGUAUAGUUAUACCAUAUAGCUGGAAAUUUUCUAUACUUGUAAAAUCACAAGUAUAGUCCUUAACCCUAUCCUAGAUAUUCUAAGAUCUUCUCUGUAGCAUUGAGUAGCUAGCUUCCUGGGUUCUUGGUUAUCUUAAGAACAUCAAACCUUUUUUUUUUUUUUUUUUUGUUUUUUUGUUUUUUUGUUUUGAUUUAGUGACGCUAAAAUUGGACAAAGACAAAUCUGACAACCCUCUCCUCCAGCAUUAAGACCUUUUAAAUGCCAAAUAGUCCCAAAUUGGUCCUGUGGUUGUGAAAGGUUCUUCACAUUGAAUUACAGAGAACAGAAAAUCAUAGGGCUCUCCAAGAAAAGCUUAGAAUAAAUGACUAUUUGACAUAUCACUUGAAUAAUAGGGUAGACAUCACUAACUCAGUAGCGCAUCCUCUGAUCUCUACCCUAACCACUACUUUUAAAGAAUAAUUUGUUAUCUCUUUUGCUUCUUACAAUGACCUUUUACGAGACUAGUGGUCUAUUAUUCUCAUUUAAUAGAUAAGGAGCCCGGUUCAAAAAUUUUCAGUACCUUUCUAGUAGUCACUCUUUAGCAAGGGCUGGAAGUAGUAUUCUUUCCCAAUUCUUCACUGGCUCCAACCUUAGCUUUCUACCCUUGUGUCAUUCUGGGUUUAGCAUGAUAUUUGAAAUCUAUCCAUUAGAUUGGGGAUGUUUUGGUGGGACUUAAUGCUAAUCAUUUGUACUCAACUGACAUGAUAAAUUACAAUGGCAGGAAAAAAGGCAACACCAAGGAUGCUUUUUGCUCUCACCCCCAACUGCCUCCCACACAUAUGUGUAAACACAAACUCCUAUUCUCAUCCAUAGGCAAUCCAUUACUAAA